CCAGCACAUCUACCAGAGCGUGGUUUCAGAGACGGAAUCAGACGGACAGCCGUCAGCUGUACAAAGGCACAAAGAUGAAGGCUGUUGCAAGGAUUUGUGUAAUGCUGAUGCUGAAAUUGUGUCUUCCAAGAAUACUGGGAAUGCCCCAUGAGGUGAAGAUCGGCAAGGAUACACCUGUGUGUUAUUCGUUCGACGAGUCAAAAGCUCCCCACCUCCUCUAUACAGGGAACAGCACUGUGGGAAGUGUUCCCAUCCUGGAGUACAAGAUCUCAGAGUUAACCAGCUUUGACUCUCAGUUCGAGCUGCGCACUCUGGACCCCGAGGGUGUCAUCUUCUUCGGGGAUAUCGGAUCAGAGUUCAACUGGUUCCUUCUGGCCGUGAAGAAGCGGCACCUGAGCGUGCAGACGGGUCACAGUAAUGGCAGGGUCAUCGUCAGUGCAGGCCCCAUCAUCAGCGACGGCGAGUGGAAGAAGAUUGUGGUGACCAAACAGGAGGGAGGCGUGUCCGUCAGCGUGAAUGGGGACAACAUUGUCACUGUACAGCAGUCCCAGGAGAGCAUCCAUGCAGAGGCUGGAGACGGGCUCCUGAGAAUCGCCAUUGGAGCCUGCACCCCAAACAGCAGCAUCACACUGGCACUCAACCCCCCGUUGGACGGCUGCAUGCGGAACUGGGACUGGGUCAAGCAGGAUUCCAGCGUGCUGCACCGGCUGCUCCAGGACUCUCAGUCCCAGAGGUGCUGGGAACACAUUGUCCCUGGCUCCUUCUUUCCAGGAAAUGCUUCCGUCGGGUUCGCUCCGCAAGUGCUGUGGAAUGCAACAGUGGAAAAAGAGAAGGAGGGCUGGAGUCUUACUGUGGAGCUGGCCUUCCGCCCUGUGGAGGACAGGGGAGUGCUCUUUGCCAUUUUGGACCCUCACAAAAAUGUUUCUUUUUCCCUGUCCCUGGACCAGCCCACAAAGGACCUGGUGCUGCAUUUGGGGGGCCAGGUGUUUGGCUCACGCAGUGCCCCACCCUCGCUGUGCUCGGGUGAGAGUCAGUUCCUGCAGCUACAGGUGAGGGAGGGCGAGGUGGUGACCAUGCUGGGAGCAGAGGAAGUCAUGAGGAGGCUGGAGGACAAAGAUUUCCAGUACCUGAAGUCUCUGUGGAGCCAGCCAGGGAGCAUGGUGUACCUGGGAGGUCUGCCAGAGGGUGUGUCCUCCUUCCAUGGCUGUCUGCAAGUAAAGGUCCAGGGCGUGGAUGUGGACCUCGACCUGGCCGAGGUCAAGUAUGGAGACGUCCGCUCUCACAGCUGCCCCCCUGCCCUGGACAUAAGAGAUGGGAAAUGAUGGACUCUCUCUUCAUGCUUCUGAUGCACAGCACUUAUACACACACAAACACUAUGCAUACAUCAGUGUGCCCCCGUACAUACACUGUGGGCACAGUGCUGCCACACACACCUUCACCGUACACUGUCACUGACUUCUGUCAU